ACUGGGUGGAGAUGCGGACCAAACUAAGCCUGAUGGGCUUCAAGAGCCAAACCAUCAAGCCGCUGAACGAGGAGGCGGCCGCUGACCUGGGCGCCGAGCUGCUAGGCGAAGCCACCAUCUUCGUGGUGGCCUGUGGCUGCCUGAUGCUGGAGUACUGGCGACAGCGGGCGCAUAGCCGGCGCCAGGACGAGGAGCAGCGCGCUGCCUGGGACGCUCUGCGGGACGAGCUGGACCAUCUAACGCUGGCUUUGGAGGCACUGCAGGCGCAGGUGCAGAGGCCCCAGCUGUGGGCGCCCCCCAAGCCGCAGCCUGCGACCCCCACGCCUCUGGCAGUGCCCUCCAAGCCCCCGGUGCCCCCCGCGCCCCUGGCAGCGCCCUCCAAGCCCCCAGUGCCCCCCGCGCCCCUGGCAGCGCCUUCCAAGCCCCCGGUGCCCCCCACGCCCCUGGCAGCGCCUUCCAAACCCCCGGUGCCCCCCGCAGCGCCCUCGGAGUCCCUGAUAGUGCCUUUAACAUCCCCCGCGAAUCUGAUUGCGCCCUCUGUGCCCGAGGCUGUAUCCCUGACAGCGCCCUCUGCAGGGAAACCCCAGGACUAGGACCGGGGUGGAGGAUGGGAGGGGGGGGGCCUGGCCGAGACAGUCGGGGCGAGAUGGGCGCUGGGGUUCCCCAUCCAACCUGCCUUUGGUCUGGAAACUGACCCACCCUCUGCUCCCUUUCCCUGGGCUCCCAGCCCAGCUGAUGGAACGACCCCAUCCACCCGACACACUUGUGCACCUGCAACCAGCAGCGCUCAGGGACCUAACCAGGGAUCUUACCCGGGACCCUCACCUGGCACCCAGAACCCUCUCCCCUUCUCAUUGGUACAGCCCUUCACAGGUUCCUAGGGAACUCCCCGCCCCCACCUUCCAUCU